CAGGCAGGCAGGCAGGCAGGCAGGCGAUAAGCAACCAUGUUUAUGUAGGUCAAAGCUAUUCACCCGCCGAACACGCGUCACCAGUGUUUCCGAGAAAACGGCUUCGUGGAAACAGCGUAAACGUUUAACGACCCUUGAAAAAUGGCGGUAAAGACAUCAACUGCCGAUCUCCAGAAGACCAACUACGAGAUAUGCGACACUGCCCCAGAGCAAAUGGAGGACUCAGAGUCCAGCUAUUGUAAAGUUAAGCACCUCUCACGUGACGUCACAUCUGAUGGCUUUGAACGAAAGACUCGAGGUUGUAAACGCAAUGCAGCGGCUGUUGUCCUGAUUGUAUCUCUGGGGAUCAAUGUUCUUGCUGUGGUGUAUGUUUUGAACUAUGUACAGCAUGAAUCAGGCGCCAGGCCGCACGCAGAGGCCCGUGUUUCUGGUGGGCAUGAAAACACGGUUUGCACGGACUGCAGGUCGCUGGGUGUCAAUCUCGACAGGCGAAAGUCCACCUUGCAUGAACUGCACGUUCAUCACGUGACUGGCUCGUCCUCCUUAUGUUGUUUGCGGAAUGCAGAAGGAUUGUGGAGGCUUGCGUCAAUUUUUGCGAACAGAUUCCACACAGAAACACGUGGUGAUGCUUUCAGCAGCAGUGCACGAACCAGUCCGAAACAAACUGGAGCUCACCUAUACGUCGACAGCGAAGCUUUAAAGCUUCAACCACCGUCUAUGUCGUGGAAUCAGAAGUACGGCCAAAACUCCGCCUACAUCAGUAGCGACAUUGAGAGUGAUGGCCAAAACCUUCAUAUCACUAGGCCCGGCCUCUACCACGUCUAUUCCUUCUUCACGUUUAAGACCAAACAGCGCCGGCGCCGACCUGAAUUCAUCCUCCACACCAUCAACAGGACCAACGCGCACCUGUCAAAUAUAGGCUCUCCUGUCAUUCUAAUGGCUACGAAGACGAUGCCGGAAGUCAGCGAGAGGUUCGUCACAAGCUACCUCUCUGCUACAAUCCGGCUGAGACAAAAUGAUGACCUUUUUGUUCAUGUGAGCAACCUGUCGUAUGUCUACGAAUACCCGCCUUCAAACUUUCUUGGUUUGUAUUAUCUUGGAACAUGAAACGUGGCACGAUAAAAUGGAAAUGAGUAUUUGCAUAUUUCGGGUGCACGUAAUAAUUCAUAACGGCAACGCCAGAGCAUAAUCAGUCUCGAUUAUCUGCCGAAACAGAUUCCAUUGGCUGCACAAGGCAGAGUAGUGAUGGCUAUUGUCUAAAUCACUGACAAUCUUUGAUGGCGAACUCCAAAAAGAAUCUUGGACAGAGUGAGAGUAAUUGAGUUCAACGCCGCUUUUACUAGUAUUCCGGAUGUAUCACGGCGUGCCAGCUUAAUGUCGGAAGAGAGCUCGAAGUGAUGUAUUGCUCAGACGUUUACCACUUAGGAAUUCGAACCCACAAUCACAGGUUCCUGACGUGCCCAAGGGACACAACUCUGCACAAUGAAUUUCGGCACCUUCGACGACUGGACCACCGUGUCUCCUGGAAAGAGGAAUCCACUGGCCCUCUGCUGCCUGAACCAGUGCCGCCAGUCUCUAGAAAGAUACAAGCUCUUUAUCGUACUGAUUGGAUGGUACAUGUACGUGUAUCAAUAAUCAGUCAAUUUAUGAAUUAUCCACGAUCAUGCAACACUGCACUUUACGCAUUUAGUAGCAACGGCAUGUGCACAUAUAUUAACAAUAACCACAGGGAACAAUUGAUACAAUGAAUGGGUGCCGAAACAUUUUGUUGUAAUGGUAAAUCUUUGUGUCUAUGUAACUUUACCUAUAUUUACUAUGUCCUACAAAAUUGAUUAGUGGGCUUGUUGUUUGAUGUUAAACGCCGCACUCAGCAAUACUCCAGCGAAAUGACGGCGGUCUGUAAAUAAUCGAGUCUGGACCAGACAAUCCAGUGAUUGAUAUCAUGAGCAUCAAUCCACGCAAUUUGGAAACGAUGACAUGCUUCAACCAAGUCAGCGAGCCUGACUUCACUAUCCCGUUGGUCGCCUCUCAUGAAAACCAUAGUCGCCUUUUUACGGCAAGCAUGGGUUGCUGAAGACCUAUUCUACACCUGUCGGACGGGUCGGACCACUUGAUUGAUUAAGGUACAUCAUAACUUGUGUAUAUAUACCGAAAUCUGGUACUUAAAGAAUAAAGGAGACUCUAGAUGAGUCUCAUGUGUUUAUGUGUAUUCAUUGCAGUAUGAAAUGUGACAGUUCAUGAUAAGGGUUUAAAAUUAUGUUCGAUGUCUUUGCGAAAAUCUUGUACCGCUUCAUCUUGUACAGUAUUAAAAAAUAAUCCUCUCAGAAUA